CACCUUAUCGUAACCUUGGAAUAGGCACAAAAUUAUUAGAACAUAUCUUGCAACAUGCCACAUUACCUACACAACAACCAAAAUUUGUUGAAAUUUAUCUUCAUGUGCAAACAUCAAAUGAGGAAGCUUUAAAUUUUUAUAAGAAAUAUGACUUUGAAAUUGUUGCGACAGUGGAAGGAUAUUACAAGAAAAUAUCACCUUCUGACGCGUAUGUUUUGAGCAGAAAACUGUAG